AUGCAUGACAUCUUARAAAAUGUAUAUUAWUUUAAUUCAAAUAAUUUACUUUUAUACAGACAUGCCAUUCAAUUGAGCCCUAAUAGUGGACAACCUUACAACCAAUUGGCUCUAUUGGAAGCUUCACGAGGAGAUAGUUUGAGCACUGUAUUUUAUUACAUGAGAAGCAUUAAUGUUAGACACCCAUUUCUAGCUGCUGUCAAUAAUCUAAAUUUUACGUUAAAUAAAUAUAUUAGCUCUAGUCAAGACAUGCUGUAUAAAACAAAAAUCACUAGUACUGAAUUCAUCCAACUAUUUCUCGCAUUCCAUGGAGUGUUGAUGUCAAAAGAUGUAAUGAAACGUCAAGUUUGUGAUGGAUACAUAAAAAGUCUUUCCUUAUCAUUUACACCACWUAUUGCUACUGAAUCAUUUUCAUCAUUUAAAUUACAACAGAUGGUGGCUAUUAAUAUGUUGGCAUUUAACUAUAUUGGAAAUGAAUCUACGACAAUUAAGAUGCAGUGUUUUCCUGUUGUUGAUUUACUUGCCACUUUCCUCAAUGCUUUUUUACUUCCACUAUAUACAAUGAAAGAAAGUCAAAAUAUCUCAGAAUACUAUACAUUACCUGCAGUCAAACUAAUUCUGGAUUGGAUAAGAAGUGAUAUAAGUGUUCUAAAUUCUCCUGGUUUCAAAAGUCGCUUACAAAUCUGGCCUGGACUUUGUAAACUAUUAAACGGACUAUCAAAUGAUCUAAACAAUGACGAUUAUUCUCAUAUUCCUUUACCAGAAGAUAGAUUACUUCAAGGCUUUGUUAUGUUAGAAUCAGUACAUUCUAAACUCAUAUUAAAUCCCGAUGAUACUACAAAAAUAAACAUAAAUGCUCUGCGAGCUAGUCGUUUAAUUGAUUUUGGUUUAUGGUUUUCAUCUACUCCUUAUUCAUUAAUUAAAGCAAUAAAAAAAGAUAAAGGAUGGAAYUUUGAAAUAAUACCAAAUAGUUCGGCCAACUCUCAUUCAAUUGAUCUUGCUGCUGAUCUUGAAACAUUAUCAUCAUAUCAACAACGGCAGUUGCUUAUUUCAAGUGAAAGAAGAAGUGGUAUUUUGAAACCUCAAUCCUCUAGUAAUUCAGAUAUAAAACCAGUCUUGCGUAAUAUUGACUUUGAUUCAAUGUUAAAAAAAAAUCAAGAUACUGAAGCCAAACAAGUAAAAUUUCGAUCUCCAUCUCCAAGUUCAUCAUCUAGCAGUGAAGCUAAAUGGUCAUUGGAAGAUCUUGAUCAGACUUCUUCGGAAUUCGAAAAAGAUCAAAAUGCCGCAAAACCAACUCCUAUUGGGUAUCAAUUGCCACAUCCUUUCAACAACUUGAACUCAUCUCAGCCUAAUAUUAAUCCAAUUAUGAAUACAUUUGGUCAACUGCAUAUGAGUGGUUUUCCAUCAUCUUCUGAAAGYCAAUUCAGGUUUGGUCAACCAUUACCAAACUUCUCCACUUGGCCACAACCACCAGCUAAUUGGAUUGAUAGCAUUAAACAACCUCAAAACAAUCAACAGAAUCAUCCAAUGUUUCCAUUUAUGCGCAACCAAGCUCCAAAUAGCACUUGGUCAAAUGUUAAUGCUCCUCAAGUAGCUCAUAAUUCACCAUUGCCAAGUAAUUUAAAUCAUUUUAAUGUAAGAGAUGAUCAACAACGUAAUUAUUACAAUGGUGUUAACAACAGUCCAUAUUACUCACUAUUUAAUCAACCUAAUGUUAUGAUACCUCGAGUCAGGAGAUUAUUUUCUCGAAACCAUCCUACACAGAACUACCGUAUGAAUCGGGACAGUAUUUUAAAGUACGCCAGUGACACCAAUUUGAUGAAAUUGUGUAAAAAAUUUACAAUGAUGCCGGCGAGGCCAAUCGCUAGCUGCGCUGCACUCGGGCAAAAAAAACGAAAAUAUUCCUCGACUUGCUAUGCAACACCACCUUAA